UGCGAUUCUCAUGACGUCAUAAUCAAGCGACUUGUCAUGCUUUGCUCAUUUUGACAUUCCGAAUGAAAAUGAUAGAUAUAAAGUUUUUGGGGUAAAAGAUGUUUCAAUACAUAUUCAACGCGGAAAAUAUUUGACAUACGACUUGCUAAUCAUACGUUUUGAACCGCAAACGAAGAGGUUUACUCAUAAUGAUGUGGCUGAAGUUUACCAGGUUGACAGCCAAUGUGAAUCUACAGAUAUCUCACUAUGGCAACCUAACAACACUGAGACCUUCCAUCAGAAGUGUCUAUCAGGGCUCCUCGCACCUGGACACCAGGACUCACCGCAUCCGGCCUCUCUGCUGCAGUUCACCCCUCUUAGCUGGCCAUGCCUCCAUCACACUGACCAUGGGGCUUCAGCCCAGAAGAACUAUAACCACAGACCGACCGAGCUGGUAUGAGAGUGUUGCAGACUCUACCCCCGUAUACCUCACGGAGCAGCUCCUUGUGUCCACUCAACAGAUGACAGGUCUGCCGUGGUGGGCCAGCAUCAUGUGCACAACGCUGGCCCUGCGUACAGCCAUCACUCUCCCCCUGGGAAUCUAUCAGUCCAUCAUCAUUGCAAAGGUUGAAGCUCUGCAGAAGGAGAUCGCUGUGUUGGCCCGCCAGUUACGCUUUGAGAUCUCUGUAAAAGCCAAAGAGAAGGGCUGGUCAGAGAAAACAUGCAGAUUUCAUUUCAAGAAGAACCUGAAACGAAUUGUGUCUGAGCUUUAUGUUCGAGAUAAUUGCCACCCAUUCAAGGCCAGUUUGCUGAUCUGGGUCCAGCUGCCCAUGUGGGUUUGUCUCUCACUGGCCUUGCGUAAUCUCAGCCUGGGAAUGGGACAUGUUCCCCUUUCAUCAGAUGCAGGUUUGGCAACAGGUGGCGCUCUGUGGUUCCCUGACCUCACUCUCCCAGACUCUACCUGGAUCAUGCCAGUUUCUCUUGGCCUCAUCAAUUUACUCAUCACAGAGAUAUUCGCCCUCAGACAGCUAGAGCCUUCAAAGUUCCAGAAGUACGUGACUAACUUUAUCAGAGGAAUAUCUCUGGUGAUGAUUCCUAUAGCCGCCACAGUCCCGUCAUCCAUGGCUCUGUACUGGCUCAGCUCAAGUUGUGUUGGCCUGGCACAUAACCUGCUCCUGAGAUCCCCUCGCUUCCGGGGCGUCUGUCGGAUCCCUCCAACACGUUCAGACUCUGAAACCCCAUACAAGGACAUUGCAGCUGCAUUUGUAGCCAAAUACAUUAAAUAAAUGGAUGUGGACAUGGCAAAUUAAA